GCCGUGGACGCGCAGACCGACUCAAUGGAUGUGCAAAUGGCGUCGGGUGGUGCUCCCCUAACGUCUGAACCAUUCCCACCGGCAAUUGCGUGCUCUGGAGCCAUCAUCACCAUCACCAUCACCCUCACCAUCCGCCCAGACCACCACUUCCGCCCGUCUGUUCCUUAUUUAUUCCGCCAUCCCAGGGUUGCACAGGACCAUGGAUAGUGCCUUCCAGCCAGCCCUGCCACCGUCACACCCCGACCCCUUUUAAAACCGCCCAUCCCCGUUCCUGCUGCUCGAAUCCCAUCCUCACCGCUACAGCAUCGCCCCCCACCCCGGGGAUUCUUCUGCCGUCGAUCCCUCCCGACAGCCCCUCUAGAUGCACGUCGUCUGAUUGGCGACUUCCGACCGCGAGAUGGCUGCUGCAACCGAGCGCGAGAUCCUCGAUCUGACGGCCACCAAGCCGCCUGUGAAGGCGGACGAGUACGAUGAGUAUUCCUGGGUGUUGCUCGAGGAUCACCCUCUGCGGUCCCAUCCCACCCAGUGUUGCCCGGGCCUACUGUGGCUUCUCCAGCGAUUCUGCGCGGCCGUAAGGAGGAGAUGGAGCGAUCGCGUGCUCUCGUUGAUCUGCCUCUUUUUGAUGUUCUUGGUGGCAAUCCAGUUCCUCUCACUCCUGCCAUACGGAGUCUCAUACCUCUUUCUCCACGACGAAUACAAAGAACAGGCAGGCUUCGUCCAUUGGCCUGCGGAGUUUAACGAUCAGCCUCCUGCUUGCAUCUCCUACAACCCCCACGCACAUGUGGAUGCGGUGCAGUACUCAGUUGCGGCUGGCUGCACCGGCGUGAAAGCCGAUGUCUGGCUACAGCGGGAUAGCCUCCUCGUGGGCAGCUCUAUACCGAUCCUUAAGGAAGAGUCCACUUUGCGCAGUGUUUAUGUGGAGCCUCUCCUAGAACAACUCCAUGGCAGGAACGCUGCCGAUGCUCGUAAUGACCAGAGUCAAAUGACGAGCAGGAUUGGGUUGUUUGAACAGGAUCCGAUGCAGCAGUUUACAUUAUUCCUGGAGGUCCGGUCGCCGCUGCAAACGGUAUGGCCUUGUCUUGUCUCUCAGCUAGUAUCGCUGAGCGAACAUGGGUACCUCUCUUAUCGGAAUGGAACACAGGUCGUUCCGGGGCCCGUCACUGUUGUCCUCAGCGGAGGGAAGGAUCUAGGCCUGGAUGACCACCAGAUCAUCAGUCAGGACAGUCUCUAUGAUAGUAUCUUCUUCGAUGAACCACUGUCGCCGGAGACAGCGGUACACGGGUCCUUGGAGGAUGAGCAGGACCCAGCAUCACAAUAUACCCAACCACCAAGGGGUGAAGUACUUUCGCACAGCGUAUCUGUCAAUUUCGGUCAGGCGAUUGGGUCGCCACAUCGGGGACGAUUUUCUCGACAGCAAGUCGAGCUGGUCAAGUCCCAGGUGCGGGCCGCUCAUGAACUGGGGCUACCGAUUCGAUAUGAAGGCAUCCCCUGUUACUCGGAGGGGAUGCGCCGGAUCAUCUGGCGAAUCCUGACCAAAAAUGGGGCCGAUCUCAUUGAAGUGGACUGGACCGGAUGUGCCAGUCGGGGCUGGCAACGGUUCUUCAAUAUUGGGAGGGAUGCCAGAUCCAGUCACAAGCGACCACAUAUUCCUUGGCCCUGGGGCACCACCCACAGUCGAUGAACCAAG